UUAGCUUCCGUUCUUUCUCGGCAUCGAGUGCGCAUGCGCGGUGAUUCAAUAACGCGCUGUCGACAGUACACGCCAGUUAUAGGACAUUGAAACAUCAGGUAUGGCUGAAGAAAGCAGCGACGAAUGUACGCCUCUUGACUUAAGCAUGAAGGACGAAGCAACAUCAAGUACAAGGCGUGACGGUACCCAGGGCGCUUCAUCUACUUUGGGCGCCUACAUAACGUAUGCUGGCGAUGCCUUGCGUUACCAGGGGAACACGCAGCACACACCGAUGACCGACGAGACUUGCAACGUCGACGGUGUCACUGACAAUGGCAGCACACGUUGCCAGUACCUGGGGUCCAUCAGGAGCAUCGAUAACGUGAGGCCAAGUACAAGUCGUGCUGGCAUGGAGGACUUAUCGGCCAAGUCUGAAGACGGCGCCACGAAUGCUACUGGAACCGGAGAAAGAGGUCAGCAACUGUCCGGCGGUGUCAGAGGAAAGGUUUCAAGCAGACGGGACACCUCACACGGGCAACCCACCAAACACAUCGGUGGUACAGGCCCCAUGUUCAGAACGCGUGAUCAAUCGUCUGUCAAGAAGUCGAACCACGAAUGCGAAAUAUGUGGUAAAUUGUUAAGCAGAGCUAGUAGUUUAACUGCCCAUUACCGCGUGCAUACACGCGAGAAACCCUACAAAUGCGAAAUAUGUGAGAAAUACUUCCGGUACAAGACAAAUUUCCGUAAACAUCAACGGAUUCACACAGGCGUGAAGCCCCAUAUCUGCCAAAUAUGUACUAAACCAUUCAAAAGCACAUGGGAACUUAAUAGUCAUCUCGUAUCACACAGUAACGACAGACCUUUGGUUUGCGACAUAUGUAAUGUCUGUUUUAAGCGCAACUCACAUCUCCGAAGACACCGCCAAAGUUGUCAUGUAGGCAAAAUUCCGUAUGAGUGCAAGCAGUGUGGAUUUGGGUUCGCAAAGCAAGAAAACCUCGACGCACAUCUCUGCCAUGACAGGAGGUACGAGUAUUGUGUACGAGUAUUGUGUACGAGUAUUGUGUGGAGAUUUGUUUGA